UCAAAAGCAUUGUUUUUCACAGCUUUGUCUAAAACCCUUGUAAACCAAGCGAAGGGCAAGAGGAAAACCCUACAUAGAGGACGCGAACAUGAGGCCAUUGGACGAGAACGAGACAACAGCAGUGUUUGAGAAGCUCUUCAAAUUCACCGGCAACAACCUCAAGAACAUAGUGGAGAGGCCGUCGCACGAGGGCCCUGAAGCCGACUCUGGUCGUUACUGCUUUCGCCUUCAAAAGAACAGAGUCUACUAUGUGAGCGAGUCCCUGGUGAAGCGAGCCACCAACAUAAGCCGGGCCAACCUCGUCUCCCUCGGCACUUGCAUCGGAAAGUUCACCAAGGGCGGCAGCUUCCGCCUCACGGUUCAGUCGCUCGAUCUCUUGGCCGCCAAUGCAAAGCACAAGGUCUGGCUCAAGCCCACAUCGGAGAUGUCCUUUUUGUACGGGAACCAUGUUUUGAAAGGAGGGUUGGGGAGAGUUACGGAGAAUGUUACCGCCGGUGAUGGUGUUGUGGUGUUCUCGAUGUCGGAUGUGCCAUUGGGUUUUGGAGUUGCGGCGAAAUCAACCCAGGAUUGUCGGAAGUUGGACCCGAAUGGGAUUGUCGUGCUUCACCAGGCGGAUAUUGGGGAGUACUUGAGAAUGGAGGAUGAUCUCUGAAUUGAGCUUUUGGGAAGUUAUGGUGGCUUGAUUAUAAUUGUAUGGGUGAAUAUUCUUUUUAAAUUUAGAAGUGUCCGCUUUGCAAGUUCCAUUUCAGUUUAAUUCUAUUUUGAUCCAUAUGGGCUUUAUGUUAUUGAGAUUGUGUAAUUUUUGGAUCAUGGUUGCGUUGAUGUUCUUUACGGCUGUGUUGAGUAUCAUGACUUUCAUAGUUCUUUUUAAACUAUCAGUAUUCUUGUUUGUGUAUAAAUGUUAAAUUCAAUACACGAUGAGGGACUGUUAUUGGAA